AGAAGCACACCACACACAAAUGGUUAAGCCAUUCGUGAAAUAUUUAAUAAGUGAAAUUACUAACACUUCAGUUGAGAUAAAUGUACGAGUUACUACAAUGGAUGCUGAGCUGGAGUUUGCAAUCCAGCCCAACACAACUGGCAAACAGCUUUUUGACCAAAUAGUGAAGACAAUUGGACUGAGGGAGAUAUGGUUCUUUGGACUACAGUACCAGGACAGCAAGGGCUUCUCCACAUGGCUGAAACUCAACAAGCGGGUGAUUGCACAAGAUGUGAGAAAGGAGAACCCACUGCUGAUCAAAUUUCGAGCGAAGUUCUAUCCAGAAGACGUGGCUGAGGAGCUGAUCCAGGAAGCCACCCAGAGACUCUUCUUCUUGCAGGUUAAGGAGGGAAUCCUGAACGAUGACAUUUACUGCCCGCCGGAGACCGCUGUGCUGUUGGCCUCCUACGCUGUGCAGACCAAACAUGGGGACUACAACAGGGACUACCAUGUGCCUGGAUACCUUUGCCAUGACAAACUGCUGCCCCAGAGAGUCUUGGAGCAGCAUAAGCUGACUAAAGAGCAAUGGGAGGAGAAGAUUCGGGCAUGGCAUGAAAAACAUAAGGGACUUCCCAGAGAGGAAUCUAUGGUCGAAUAUUUGAAGAUUGCUCAGGAUCUGGAUAUGUAUGGGGUGAAUUAUUUCAGCAUCAAGAACAAAAAAGGAUCAGAGUUGUGGCUGGGAGUUGAUGCUUUGGGACUCAAUAUAUAUGAACGUUCAGAUAAGUUAACACCCAAGAUUGGAUUCCCAUGGAGUGAGAUUCGUAACAUUUCAUUCAAUGAUAAGAAGUUUGUCAUUAAACCAAUUGACAAAAAAUCACCAGACUUUGUGUUCUAUGCACCCCGCCUGCGCAUUAACAAGCGCAUCCUGGCUCUGUGUAUGGGAAACCAUGACCUGUACAUGCGCCGCCGUAAGCCCGACACCAUUGAGGUGCAGCAGAUGAAAGCCCAAGCCAGAGAGGAGAAGAACAAGAGGCAACAAGAGAGAGCACUGCUGGAAAAUGAGAAAAAGAAGCGAGAAAAUGCUGAGAGGGAGACUGAAAAGAUUGCCAAGGAGACCAUGGAGCUCAUGGAGAGACUGAGACAAAUUGAGGAGCAGACCAAAAAGGCUCAAGAGGAACUUGAAGAGCAGACCAAACGGGCUUUGGAGCUGGAGAAGGAGAGGAAGUUUGCCCAAGAGGAGGCGGAGAGGCUGGAAAAGGACCGCAGGAUGGCAGAGGAGGCUAAGGCCGCACUGCUCCAUCAGUCUGAGAGCCAAAUGAAGAACCAAGAGAAUCUGGCCACGGAGUUAGCUAUGCUAACAUCCAAGAUCUCUCUGUUAGAAGAUGCCAAGAGAAAGAAGGAGGAGGAGGCUAGAAAGUGGCAGAAAAGGGCUGUGAUGGUCGAGGUGGACCUGGAGAAGACGAAAGAAGUGUUGAAGAGCAAGAUAGUGGGGGUCCACAUCCAGGCAACAUCCCAUCCAGAGAAUGACCAUGAUGAGAACGAUGAGAGCAGCGCUGAGGCCAGUGCAGAGCUCACAUCUGCAGGAACGUAUCAGGAUCGCAGUGAAGAGCAGCGUAUGACGGAGACAGAGAAGAAUGAACGGCUACAGAAACGUCUUCUGGCUCUAAGUUCAGAGUUGGCUGAUGCUCGUGAUGACAGCAAGAAGACAGAGAACGACCUGAUUCACGCAGAGAAUGUGCGGUUAGGCAGGGACAAAUACAAGACCUUGCGUCAAAUCCGACAAGGAAACACAAAGCAACGCAUUGAUGAGUUUGAAUCCAUGUGAUUUUUUUCCUUGUGAUGAAA